AUGAACAUCACGGCGACAGCUUCGGGCAAGAUUCUGGCACAUUUUGAGAAGAUUCGGGUAUGUCACGAGCCCCUUUCCCCGACUCCGAUUCGCUCGAUCGUCUGCACCGGAACCCUGCGGAUAGGAGUGAAUCCGCACUCCGGAGCCAAGUACGAGCCGAAGAGCAUGGACCCGUACAUUAAGAAUUGGGUGGAAUACAGCCUUCUUAUCGGCUCUUGGGCUCUCUUGAUGUACUUCGAGGACGAGGACUUGUCCCCGAUCGAAGAUAUGCUCCGGCCCUACAUCGACGCCAACAAAUUGGUCCUGGUCAGAUCAUAUUUCGAAGGUGUCACCGGGCAUGGAUGGAGCCCUCUGCUGCUUUAUCAGGAGAACCACUGCUUGUGGAGAGCGAAAGGUUUGGCGAGAUAUGUUGCACACAACGACGUGGACGAGUGGGUGGAUUUGAGUCCAGAGUAUCCUAACAUCAAUACUUACAUGGAUCGGACUAUCGGGAGCCACGACUACACAACAAUAUCCAUUCCGGAGGCUCGAUGGAUCCUUCCCUGCGCGAGAGGGUCACGAGGUGCGUACGACUUUGGCAUCUACCCCUGUGAUGAGAUAUGUAACACUCGCGCCGGUGGCCGCAACAAGUUGCUGAUGGACACGGAGCGUGUUGAUGGUUACCAGGUACAUGUCAUCCUUGUACCUGUUCAGAACGACACGACCGUCAGGAGGCCUCCAAGCGAUGAGAUAAGAUUGGUGCAUCUUCGGCUAAAACACCUCGCUGCAGAUCCGACGGGUUUGGUGGUCUGUGCUGAGAAUUUCCCUGGCCCGAUGAUGAAUUCCACUUUCGCCAGAUUCGUAAGAGACAGGUGCCCGAUGAUUCUGCCGAAACUGCCCAAGUACAGUGAGCCACCGCCAUUUUGGCGCCGGCGACGGCAGGAGCGCAUGCUCCUCGGCCCUUGA